CAGACAGGGCGAAAGUCGGGCACUUCCUGGAGACCACAGGUGUAAGAGCUGUGCCCCAAGCCGGACGGGCUCCUGAAGCUGGCAGGAGACAACUGGGGAACAAGCUCAAUCAGGGGUAAUGAGGAAACUGAGUUGGACUCCUGCCUGAUCCCUCACUGUGGUAGGAUGAAUGUGGGGGUGGCCCACAGCGAAGUAAACCCCAACACUCGAGUGAUGAACAGUCGGGGCAUCUGGCUGGCCUACGUCAUCUUGGUAGGACUGCUGCAUGUGGUGCUCCUCAGCAUCCCUUUCUUCAGCAUUCCUGUUGUCUGGACCCUGACCAACGUCAUCCAUAACUUGGCAAUGUAUGUCUUCCUACAUACAGUCAAAGGGACGCCCUUUGAGACCCCUGACCAAGGAAAGGCUCGGCUUUUGACACACUGGGAGCAGAUGGACUACGGACUACAGUUUACCUCCUCACGAAAGUUCCUCAGCAUUUCCCCUAUUGUACUCUACCUACUGGCCAGCUUCUACACCAAGUAUGAUGCUGCUCAUUUCCUCAUCAACACUGCCUCACUGCUCAGCGUACUGCUGCCUAAGCUGCCCCAGUUCCAUGGGGUUCGCCUCUUUGGAAUCAACAAAUACUGAAAGACGGGCUGAUAGGUCUGCAGGCAUUGAGGGAAGGCACUGGAACUAAUAGAAUGUUUUUCCCUUCUCCGUACUAUCUUCUGUAUCUUGGAAGCCUGACAGAUAAGAUAAACCUUUCUAAACUCCAAGAAGGGAGAAAUUGGAAAAUGGGGUUCCUGGGCCCAGCCUUAAAAGGGUCAAGGUUCUCUGAAUCAGGAAAGGUGGGUGAGGUUAGGGCCUGCCACUCACUCUCCUCUAUCUAGCAAGAAGCCAUCAAUGCUUGGGCAGCUUUUCUGGUAAUUAUGUUUUGCCAUAUCCUCUAAACCCGCCAACUUCAUGUUCUGUUUUGCUGUAAAUUUUUCUUAAAAUAAAGUCUUUCAGUUAUGGCUGAAAUUUGAUAAGCAA